AUGAGCGAGCCCAAUGAAGUCGUGCCAUUACUACCAACAACUUCUGCUGACCCUGUUGUGACUAAAGUAGAUGCUGAACCAAACGCUCAUCAUGCUUUACUAGGCAUUACAUGUGUAGCUAUAGCAUCCUUGUGUUUCAGCUUCACGGUCACGUUCAUCAAGUACAUGACCUUCACCUUUUCGUCCAUGGAAGCCACGUUCUGGCGAUCAGUCGGUGUCUUUGUAUGCAAUUACAUUGUCGUAAAGGUGUCGGACAUUCGUCUUGACGUCCCACCAGAGUAUCGAAAGUUACUGCUGCUUCGCUGUAUAUCUGGGUUUGCAUGCAUGGGAUUCUCCUUUUAUGCCAUGUCACAGAUGGUGUUAGCAGAUGCAAGCAGCCUGGUCUUUUCAAGUCCUAUCAUGACCUUCUUUUUUGGAGCGCUCUUCCUGCACGAGAAGAUUGAUGUGGUGAGCCUUCUUUGCGCUAUCGUAGCGUUUGGUGGGUUGAUCUGCGUUGUUCGCCCGGGGCUGCUGUUUGGAUACGACCAUGCAACGGCUGCUACGGAUGGCUCUCGGAUUGCUGUAGCUUCAGCAUUUCUCGCUGCUUUAAGUCAAGUUUUCAUGUUUCUGACAAUACGCCAGCUCCAAGGGCUGAAUGUGUUUGUCAUUGUUCACUACUUUGCAUUGGCUAGUAUCAUAUUGACGAUGUUGUGGUUGGCGUUGAUCCAGCAGUCAUUUUACAUUCCCUCCACAUUUUUGCUCUGGAGAGCUAUCGUCGGGACCGGGAUCUGCACUUUUGGUGGCCAAAUGUUUCUGACUCGGGGAUUCCAGCUCGAAAAAGCAGGCGUUGCAGCAGUCAUGAGAUAUUUGGACGUUGUUUUUGUCUUUAUCUGGGAUUCCGUUAUCCUGGGCGAGCAUAUCAACCAUUGGAGUAUUGUUGGCGCUAUGAUCAUUCUCACCUGCGCAGUGGUAAUUGCGAUUCGUAAGAUACGGACGACCAUGCAGGAAUGA